GUGCCACCCCGUCCAUCUGCUUCUCAUAGGAUUUGUAUUGAAAUUGUUGCUUUUCUCCACCCUUCUGGGAGGUGCUUUGAAUUGUAGUGCCUAUUGCUUUACCCUGUACGUAGCAUACAUGCACCCACUUGUUGAAAUGGAUUUGUGGCAGAUCCAAAAUGUCUCUGACCGUGGAAAUCUUGCUGCUGUAACUGAUGUCUUGUAUUUCCCGUUUCAGCUCCUGGUGGGCCCAUGUGGAGAUGGGGCCCCCAGAUCCCAUCCUGGGCGUCACAGAGGCCUUUAAAAGAGACACCAAUAGCAAGAAGAUGAACCUGGGAGUUGGUGCCUACCGGGACGAUAAUGGAAAACCUUACGUGCUCCCUAGUAUCCGGAAGGCAGAGGCUCAGAUUGCUGGAAAAAAUCUGGACAAAGAAUACCUGCCCAUUGGGGGACUGGCUGAGUUCUGUAAGGCAUCUGCAGAACUCGCCCUGGGUGAGAACAGCGAAGUAUUGAAAAGUGGCCGGUAUGUCACCGUGCAGACCAUUUCUGGAACCGGGGCCUUAAGGAUCGGAGCCAGUUUUCUGCAAAGAUUUUUCAAGUUCAGCCGAGAUGUCUAUCUGCCCAAACCCACCUGGGGAAACCACACGCCCAUCUUCAGGGAUGCUGGCAUGCAGCUGCAGGGCUAUCGAUACUAUGACCCCAAGACGUGCGGCUUUGACUUCACUGGUGCUAUGGAGGACAUUUCAAAAAUGCCACAGCAAAGUGUUCUUCUCCUGCAUGCUUGUGCCCACAACCCCACUGGCGUGGACCCUCGCCCCGAGCAGUGGAAGGAGAUAGCCACGGUGGUGAAGAAAAACAAUCUCUUUGCGUUCUUUGACAUGGCCUACCAAGGCUUUGCCAGCGGCGAUGGAAACAAGGAUGCCUGGGCUGUGCGCCACUUCAUCGAACAGGGCAUUAAUGUCUGCCUCUGCCAGUCCUAUGCCAAGAACAUGGGCUUAUACGGUGAGCGUGUGGGAGCCUUCACAGUGGUCUGCAAAGAUGCUGAUGAAGCCAAAAAGGUGGAGUCGCAGUUGAAGAUCUUGAUUCGUCCCAUGUAUUCCAACCCUCCUGUCAACGGGGCCCGGAUUGCCUCCACCGUUCUGAACAGCCCCGAUCUGCGAAAACAAUGGUUGCAGGAAGUGAAAGGCAUGGCUGAUCGCAUCAUUAGCAUGCGGACUCAGCUGGUCUCCAAUCUCAAGAAGGAGGGGUCCUCCCACAACUGGCAGCACAUCACCGACCAGAUUGGCAUGUUUUGUUUCACAGGACUAAAGCCCGAACAGGUGGAGCGGCUGACCAAGGAGUUCUCCGUCUAUAUGACAAAGGACGGCCGCAUCUCCGUGGCAGGUGUCACCUCCGGCAAUGUGGGCUACCUUGCCCACGCCAUUCACCAGGUCACCAAGUAAUUUCCCUGAUGAGAGGGAACAGAGACAACCUUCCUGUCAACCUCUGCUAUUGUGAGAUUCACACAGAGGAAGAGGGAGGGUGGAUGGUGGUGAGCGGACUGGUUCUUUCAACCACAGUACUUAAAACUCAGCAUUCAAAUGUGUUUCUCAGCAAAGAACGUGUAGGGAAAUAGGCGGAGGCAUCUGUGGCUGGUGCGUGGAACUUUGUGGCUCUGAACCAAACUCUCCCUCAUCUCUGUAUGUCCAGCUUUUCUGAAAGAGUUUACAUGUACAAGAAAGUCAUAGCCAAAAAAAAGAUCAAUCACACCAUUGCAAUAUUCCAGAAGCUUUAACUGAAGCACCUUCCGGUGUUGAUUCAGCAUGAAAAUGCCCCUUAUUAGAGGCUUUGUGAGAAGACCUAGUUCUAACAAUAAUAGUCAGCCUCAUGUGUUUCCUCCUGGGAUCGAGCAGCCUUAUCAACAGAUCACGUUUGCAGAAAUCGUGUUUUGUGAAAACCGGUGACUCGGCUGCCACUUCAACAAGGAAAAUCAAAAGAUGCUGUUUUCGGUCUUAUUUGAGAAAAAAAAAGAAGGCUCUUCUUGUAUUUACUUGUGGGCAUUUUAAUUUCCCCUCUCCUCUUUUAUCACUGGUGUUCUUUUCCUUAGGCACAAAGAUCUAUAACCAGCCUAGAUUUCCAUCCUGUUCUACUGCUUGAUUGACCAUCACCCCACCCUGUAGCAUUUACUUAUUUGAAGAUUGAAGAGCAUAAUUUACUGCUCACCCCAUAGCCUCACCCUUCUCAUCAAAGAAUAGCAGAGGAUGGGUAACAACCUACUUCCGCCUCCUCUUCAGUGAUUGCCUGUCUCCUGCCGGCAUGUCGCCUCUGCCCAGUUGGACCUUGGGCCUUCGCCCAGUCUGUUGUGCAGUCACUCGUCUCAUCUUGAGUUGGGUGAUGCAGGGUUGAACCAGGCAAGAGGAUGUUCAGGGCUUUGGUUUUGACCUUCGUGUGCGUCCAGCUGGGCUCAGGCUUCAUUCACCCUUUAGAAAGAUAACCACCAUCUGCUCUAAUGGUGUAGACUUACUGCAGCCUGGUUUCUCUGUUACAAUAAAGUUACUGUAGACCCGA